UAUUUAGCAUCUGAAACCGGGGAAAAAGUUUCCAAAAAAAUUUAAGGAAAAACUUCCUGCGUGAGGAGAAACGUGCCAGCCUGCAGUCUGAAAGCAGUUUCUUCCAGAGCAAGAAGCGCAGAGUGAGACAUCUUGACAUUAUUCCUCUCAUCUUUACGGAUAACUUUUGACAUUUUUUGUAACCACGGCUUCAAAGGUGGACAACGUUUUUUCCUCUCUAUCCCUGCAUUUCUUCAAGAGAGAAAUGGAAGAGGGCUCCAGUUCUCCUGUCUCCCCAGUGGAUAGUCUGGUGACCAGCGAGGAGGAGCUGGACAGACAGCAGAAACGCUUCGCGAGGAAGAGGAGACACAGUAAAAAGUCCAGCGAGGACAGCAGCGGCAGCAGCCCGGGUCCGGUCAAACGGGGGAAAAAACCGAGUCCCAGCAGCACUCAGUCGUAUGAGGAGCUGCAGAACCAGCGGGUCCUGGCCAACGUCCGGGAGAGGCAACGGACUCAGUCUCUGAACGAGGCCUUUGCGUCUUUGCGCAAAAUUAUCCCCACGCUGCCUUCGGACAAGCUCAGCAAGAUACAGACGCUGAAGCUCGCCUCCAGAUACAUUGAUUUUCUCUGUCAGGUGCUGCAGAGUGACGAGAUGGACAACAAGAUGUCCAGCUGCAGCUACGUCGCGCACGAAAGACUCAGUUACGCGUUCUCCGUGUGGAGGAUGGAGGGUGCUUGGUCUAUGUCAGCAUCUCACUAGCACCCAGAAAACUUCACUUACAAUGCCAAAGCGACUGUUUACUUCUACAAAGUAUGAAGAGCAAAAGGGAUUAAUUGAAGAACCCAUCGACCUCAAAGGCAUGGCGCAGAGACGUAAUGUGACCCACAACUACAAACUCUUGUGGAGUGUGUGUGUGUGUGUGUGUGUGAGUGUGUGAAUGCAGAUUGAUCACACUGCUUCUGACUGUCUGGAGCUGUUUGUGGCAGAGAGGAGGAGGAGGAAGAAGAGGAAGAAAAUUUAAGGCAGAUCCUCAGUGUGUUUUGGCCAGAGACGGUACAGCUCGGAUUCAAAGCCAUCCCUAAACCGUUUUUUUUAGAAGGAUAUAUAUUUUGUUUUUUGUUUUUCGAAAGACUUUAAAGCAAAGUUAUAAAUAUAUAUAUAAAUGAAUGCAUAUUGUACAUACCUGUGUAAGUACGCCUAUAGCCUGUAAAGGGACCAAUGCAAUUUAGAGUCAUUUGCUGCAUGGAUUUAUGUCACCGACUUUCUUUAGCAAGUCUCCAAAACUCCGUCCAAUGUACAUUUUUGUUUUUGUUUUUUUUUUUUUGCCUAUUUAUUAAAACACAUAUUUUUGAACGAAAUCUGGUUGAUUUUUUAA